AUAAUAUAUUGUUCUACAUUUCGAGGUUCGAUGUGAAAUGUUUUAAAACAAUUUUAUGAAAAACAACGUUUUCAUUAGUUAUUAAUUGAACCAAUAAUUUUAAUAAAUUGAAUACUCUAAACUAUAUAAUAUGACUUCGCGGAACCCACAUACCCUUAUGGCACUGCCAAAUGAGGAAAGCUUUGAUUUCCUCUUUAAGGUUGUUUUGAUUGGAGAUUGCGGAACUGGGAAAACUUGUAUUGUGGAACGUUUUAAGACUGGGAAUUUUAUCGAACGACAUGGAAAUACCAUUGGUGUAGACUUUUCAAUGAAGACAUUGAAUGUAGAAGGAAAGCAAGCAAAGCUUCAAAUAUGGGACACUGCAGGGCAGGAACGUUUUCGUACAAUUACUCAAAGCUACUAUCGCUCAGCAAAUGGAGUUAUAAUUGUUUAUGACAUAACCAAACGGGCUUCUUUUUCAAAUUUACAAAAAUGGAUUGAGGAAGUGCGACGCUACACGGCAUCAAACGUGAUACUCAUUUUAAUCGGCAAUAAAUGUGAUCUUGAAGAAGAGCGUGAAGUACAAUUUGAGGAAGCAAAACAAAUGUGCCAAUACAUACCAGAAAUACUUUUUGUAAUGGAAACAUCAGCUAAACAAAAUACAAAUGUGGAAGACGCAUUUGUCUGCUUAGCGACGGAGCUAAAGCGGCGACAUGAUGCCAAUACCGUGGAAGCAGAUAAAGAAGAUGCUUUACGACUGGGCCAAAGCAAACCGCUCAAUAAUUGUAGCAGUUCUUGCAAUGUAACAUAAAAAUGCCCUUCAAUUUUAAAGGUUCUCGAAAUUCGUUUGUGAUCAUGUUUUAAUUUUAUGCAUUAAGGUACUUCUAUUAAUUUUUUAA